AUGCGGUUUCAGAACGACGACUUCACCCCUGUACGAAGAGUGGGAGAAGCGAAGAAGGAACAAACACGUGUGUGGGCCUGGGGAUCAACGGGAGAAGAGAAAUGGAAUCCUGACAUGGAAAUAGGCAUGGAUUGGAAGUCACUCGUUAGAUCUGCUUUGCUUCCGAUCACAACCGACUAUUUUCCUGAUCGGCUCACUCUUAUUAGUGACUAUCUAUAUACUGAACAUCAAAUUUCUGUUGUACAAGAACACGGUUCACGUGCGAAAAUGGAUAUUAAUCAACUAUCAAAGCACGUGUUCGAGCAGCUUAUUUGCCAGCGUCUUCAACGAGGAUUCCAAAUCAUCCUGAUGUCAAAACCUUUGAUUCAUGUAGCCAUCAAACAGAGCUUGUUCGCUCCGAUCAAUACAGAGCAGACUGAAUGCAGCAUGUCUCUAAAUAAGGCGAGUGUUGGAAUGUUUCUAUAUUCUUCUUUUGACUUUCCGCAUUGA